CUCUUAUUUUGAUACUUUGCCUAAGACUGUGCCGUUUUGAACACCGGAAGUAGUGGCCUUAGUUUCUUGUUGCUAGCUUCACGCUGGUAGUCAGUUAGUAUUAUUUAUUAUAUUCUGACAGGAAAAUUCAAGGAGUAAGAUCGACUCAGUUUAGUGUUCAUGCUCUUAUAAAUGCUGUUUUGCCUGGCUACGAAACGGUGCUGGUAUGGAGGGGUCCAAAUCUUCCAGCUCCACUAUGCAGGUGAGCUUCGUGUGUCAGCGCUGCAGCCAACCUCUCAAACUGGAUACCUCCUUCAACGUGCUGGAUAAGGUCACCAUCCAAGAGCUUAUAGCGCCGUUAGUCACUGUAACACAAACAAAACCAGACGAAAGCAAUGUGGACAACAGUGUACCAGAGGAAACAUUUGUGGAAAACAAACAAGAUGGAGUAUCUAGGAAAUACAUCCCUCCAGCUAGGGUGCUGUCCACAGAGAGUGCCAACAGUUUCACACUCAUCGGAGAGGCCUCCGACGGGGGCACCAUGGAGAACCUGAGCAGGAGACUCAAGGUGACCAGUGACUUGUUUGAUAUCAUGUCAGGCCAGACGGAUGUGGACCACCCACUGUGUGAAGAGUGUACCGACACACUGCUGGACCACCUAGACACCCAGCUGAACAUCACAGAGAAUGAGUGCCAGAACUACAAGAACUGCCUGGAGCUCCUUGCGCACAUGACAGAGGAGGAGGAGGAGGAGACCCUGCUGGGCGAGUUGAAGGACCUGAGCACUGAGGAAGAGCAUCUCAUCCAGGAGCUGGAGAACAUCGAGGCCACACGCAAGAGGGUAGCUGAGGACCUGGCCCGAAGCAGAGCAGAGACCGAGCGGCUGGACCAAGAGGAAUUGCAGUAUCAGAAGGAGUACAGUGAGUUUAAGAGACAGCAGCUGGAACUGGACGAUGAACUGAAGAGCGUUGAGAAUCAGAUGCGAUACGCUCAGAUCCAGCUGGACAAACUCAAGAAAACCAACGUCUUCAAUGCAACUUUCCACAUAUGGCACAGCGGUCAGUUUGGGACGAUCAAUAACUUCCGUCUGGGCCGUCUCCCUAGUGUUCCUGUGGAGUGGAAUGAGAUCAACGCUGCCUGGGGUCAGACUGUGUUACUGCUGCACGCACUCGCAAACAAGAUGGGCCUGAGAUUUCAAAGGUACCGUCUUGUUCCUUAUGGAAAUCAUUCUUAUUUAGAGUCACUCACAGACAAAUCAAAGGAACUACCCUUGUACUGCUCAGGAGGCCUGCGGUUCUUCUGGGAUAAUAAGUUUGACCAUGCAAUGGUCGCCUUCCUGGAUUGCGUGCAACAGUUCAAAGAGGAGGUAGAGAAGGGGGACACUGGCUUCUGUCUUCCAUACAGAAUGGAUGUGGAGAAAGGCAAAAUUGAGGAUACUGGUGGGAGCGGAGGCUCUUACUCUAUCAAGACCCAGUUUAACUCGGAGGAGCAGUGGACAAAGGCACUCAAGUUCAUGUUGACAAAUUUGAAAUGGGGCCUUGCCUGGGUGUCUUCCCAGUUCUACAAUAAAUGACAAUUUGCACUGAACAAAAUAAUGUUAUUUUGACAAUUUUGAUCCAGUAACGUACAGCUGAUACUACAAUUUCAUCGUCUUCAGAAGAGCAUUUAGAUUAUGUGGACUUUCAAAGUCCAGCCUCUUUUUUUUCAUUAAUUUAGUGGAUUAUCGUGUAUUCCUAACUGCCAAAAUGUGUCAUGAUUAUGGUUAUGUAAGCAGCAUGUGCAUAGUUGUCGAAUAUCCAGCAGGUGACCCAAGUAUAACAGCCUUUUUAUUAAAUAAUUUCACAGAUUGUAGCUGUUUUUGGCCACAGCAGUAUCAGUGUUGAUAUGGCAGUCUAGGAUGGGAAUACCACUGCUAAAUGGUCCGUGACUCUCCUUACGAGGAGGCAGUAGACAAGUAGUCAGUAUAGUGUUUACUGUAUGCGCUUAUCUAACUGAAUAUAGCUACAGUAUGGGAAAUGAUGGUUGUUAUUAUGUCUCCCAGUAAAUUUUCACCAUUGAGUCUUUUCUGAUCAAGUUAGUGUUGUGCAAAUCAUAUGUGGCCUAAACUAAUAUUUCAUGGCAGUCGGUUAGAACUUAGCUUUAACUAAGAGACAGACAUAUAUGUACAGACCUGACUUUGCAGUGUUUACUGACGUCUGGGUCCUAAUGUUGCACCCACUUUUAGUAAAUUGUAUGAACUAAUAAAUGCAUAUUUAAUUCAA